GUGACAGCGCCGGCAAGGCCAGCUGCUUGGCAGGCGGCUGGAGAGGCUCAGUCAGAUCCAGCAAGCGAUACUGAGCCCUCGGCAAAGUCUACAUCCAUUGGCAUCUUCCCAUCUCCCUUUGCCAGCAGGGAGACAAAGCAUUUACCUCUGGGCAAGGGUCCGUUCUCCUCGCUCAUCCCAUGGAGAAACAAAAGAUGCAGCAUGAGAUUUGCCGAGACCCUGAGGAGUCCAGGCUUUCAGGCACAUGAACUGCGAAGAGGUACCAGCACCUGUUAGGGACAGGGAAGCAGGAAGUGGUCCUCGCAGCCCUGCCAAGAAAGUUCCAACUCUUCCCAGGCUGGCUUACAUCAGGGAAGGUCAUGAGUAAAACCCAGGAUCUGCUUGGCUGGGACUGAAGGAAGCACUGAAUCCACAGGUCCCCGCUGUGCAGGGAGUGAUGCUUAUUCUGCUCCAUGCCAUGGUCACCCCAUUGCUCUGUGUCAUCCGUGCCGCUCCCCUUCCCGACACCACUGCCCUCUCUAACACCACUGAUAUCCUCGGGGGUGAGGCUUCCUUGAGGGAUUGGGACCUCUUCUCUCCACGAGUCGCUCUUUCCAGCCAUGAACCAGCGGGGCCCCCAUUGCUUUUCCUCAUGGAAGACUCCAGUGCCCAGCCAGGGCAGGCUGCCAACAGAACGCUCAAGUCCAAACGGUCGCUGGAUGGUUCCAUCCGCCGGGGAGAGAUGUCAGUGUGCGACAGUGUCAACGUCUGGGUGACGGACAAGCGGACGGCUGUGGACAUCCGUGGCAAAACCGUGACGGUGCUUUCUGAGGUCCAGACACUUACAGGCCCCCUUAAGCAAUAUUUCUUUGAGACAAAGUGUAAUCCGGCGGGGGGGACAGUGGGGGGUUGCCGGGGCGUGGACCGCCGCCACUGGAUCUCCGAGUGCAAGGCUAAACAGUCAUACGUGAGGGCCCUCACUAUGGAUUCUGACAAGAUUGUGGCCUGGCGAUGGAUCAGGAUCGACACCUCGUGUGUCUGCACCCUACUCACUCGCACCGGCCGGACGUAGGGAGGAAAGGGUCGUAAUCCGUGUUGUUGCUUUGGCUAAGGCCGCCUCCCUGGCCCAGGACACUCUCAGCCAUUGAUUGGUGCGAUCUCUCAGCCCAACAUGGUCUCUCAUUGGCCAAGGGGCGUGUGCGGUGUUCGCACUGAACAGGAGGAAGGGGGUGGUCCCUACUGAUCGACAGACAUCUGGCCACCAUGCCCGGCUCCGCUUGCGCUCCAGCCAAGCCAGGGUUCCAUGUCAACCAGAUACAUCGUCAUGACAACAAGCAGUGGCCAUUGGCUGACUGGGGAAAGGAACUUGAGGCACUGCUAGGAGCUAACCAGGCAGCCUUUUGUGGAGUGGAGGGCUGGUUGGGGGAGGGCUGCAAAGACAUUAAUGGGUCCCUGGUGGUCCAAAGGGUAUGUGUGCCAGCUCCAGGUUUUGGAGGGUCUUGAGCAAGGCACCCUCAGUGAGCUCCCUCCUUCAGCGACUCUGCCUUCUUACUGCCAUUGUCACCAACUGUUUUUGCUCCUCAUCCUCUUUCCCAUCAUGGUUGCCACUUGCUUGACAGGCAGAGCCACUGAGAUAGGAGGCAGGGGCCAUUGUCCAGGCCAAUGGACCCCUCCGCCAUUGUCCAGGCCAGAGUGCGA